AUGAUUGUUCGGGAGUACAGUCUUCAGUUUGAUUCGUUGGCUAGGUAUUCACCCACUAUUGUAUCUAAGAUGGAGGAUUGGGUUCACCGGUUCGUGAUGGGGUUAGAGCCGCACUUGCUUAAAGAUUGUAUGUUGGUCUCACUUCAACCAGACAUGGAUAUUUCUCGUACUCAGGCAUACACUCAGGGUGUAGAGGAGCGUAAGCAGAAACAGAGGGCCGAUCGGCCUGGUCAUAAUUCAAGGGCCUCAGGUUCUCAGUAUAGGGGUGAGUCAAGUCAGACGAGGCUGCCCUUGCCACGAUGUGCUCAGUGUGGUAAGCAGUAUGUCGGGCAGUGCCGCAUGGGAUUGGCUGUUUGUUAUACUUGUGGUUAUCCGGGCCACGUUAUGAGAGAUUGUUCGACAAGAGGUGAUACAAGCAUAGCUCAGCCAGCGGGAUUUGUAGCUAGUUCGUCAUCAUCAGUACGCCCCCCUGGGCAAGGUUCACAAGCAUCAAUGUGUCGUGGUAGAGGCAGAGGCAGGGCAUCUAGCUCGAGCGGUCCUUAG